AUGAGGAUGAAGAAGAAGAAGACGACGGCCCUACUGGAGCCGAACUGCGUCUGCCUAAGACCAUUAUGCCAUAAUGGACAGCAAAUUGCCAUCCAAACGAUAACACCACAAAAGAGAUUGGACAAGGUUGAAAUUGUACCAGCUAAACGACUUGAAAAAGGAAAGGAAACAAAAUUAAAGUUGGUGUACACUGGAAAUAUCAGCGAAACGUUAGGGGGAUUAUAUCAAACGACAUACUUUGAGAACGGCAUUAAGAAAGAAAAGAGUGGUGAUUGGGUUACGACCACAUUUUAUAAAACUCCUAAAAUGUCCUCGUAUUUGCUUGCGUUAAUGGUUUCCGAGUUUACGCAUGUCGAAAAAUAUACCGAAUCUGGUGUACGGUACCGCAUUUAUGCCAGAAAGGAAGCAACUGCGGCAAAUAUGACACUUUAUGCGCUCAACGCAGGAGUCAAAUGCCUAGAAUACUACAACAAACUCUUUGACUAUAAAUUUCCUUUGGAUAAGCAAGGUUAGCA